AUGGAAAUUAAACGUAAUGCCUAUUUCAAAAAAUACGCAAAAAGUCAGUCUUCUGAAAAAGAAAAAGUCGAUGUAACAAAGUUACGUCAUGCGAACACUAUGGACUACUUAAGUAUACAAGAUCAUACUCAUACCAUCCAAGACGAUGAUGCUGACGUUGUGACUUCAGUGCAGAUCUCACCAUCUCGUAACCCCCAUCAACCCGACAUUACAAGUAAUGUUUCAAACCCGAUAAUACCUUACCUGGAGUCUUCUCCUGUUGAACUUGUGAAAUCUGAUUCAGACCACGCCUCGAUCCAAAUGAUGCAACCAAAUUCAACACCUGAACACCUAAACUGCACUACAGCUUCUGAGUUGUAUAAUCCCUUAGUUAAAGACUGUUCAGACCAAUUGACAUUUCAGUCAAUGUUAACUCCUAAACUUCAAAAAACAAUCUUCGAGAAAGGUGCAUCAAAUCAGUUAGCCCAUCAGUUCGCGCCAGCUGCUGAGCUGCAGCAGUCAGACUGCGCAAGUGUCACUUCAGAGCAAUUGACAUCAGCUCUUCAGCUUGAGCAGAGAGACUUAGUAAACGACGCUUUAGAGCAGAUGUUGCCAGAGUCUAUAUUUGUCCCCAAAUGUCAUCAAUCUGAUUUUGGUAAUAGUACGUCGGACCCAAUGUCAGAUCAGCUCACACUGACUUCAGAACUUCGGCAGCCGGAAUUCGAGGAUGCCACUACAAGCCAUGUUUCAUUUCAGCCUACGCCGAAUCCUGAUUUCACAGUGUCUGAAUAUGGCAACGUUUCGGGUCAAAUAUUACCACAGAUUACACCUGCUUCGGAACCCGAGCUUUUGACCGAAAAUGUAAUUUUGCUUUCUAGAGAAGAGGAGAUUGAAGUUUGCUUGCAGCAAAUUCAUUCUAAUGAUAAAAAUGAUCAAAGUGAAGUUAAUUAUAUUAGGAUUGAACUUGAAGAAGAUACAAACGGCGUUUUGGAAAAAAAUGAUGAUAAUGAAAGUAAAACAGGCAAGGAAACAUAUGAAGAAGGCAAAAAAAAUCAGAAAAAAAAUAGUACUACAAAAAGGAAAUAUCUAAGUCGCAAAGGGAAAUCCAAAAAGAGUAAUAAGUUACAUGAAAUCAAACACAAAAAAGCUGACGAUUUUCAUGAAAAACCUGGAUGUAGUAAGCAAAAUACCGAAAAUAUUCAAACCCGGCUUGAGAAGAAACAGGAAAGAAUUAUCAAGCAUAUAGAUUUUUUGUCAGACGACGAAAUGUUUACUUUGUAUUCUUCUUCUUGGGACGAAUCAGAUGAAAGUGACAGCUCUAACAUAUCAAAUGCUAAUAGAAAAAUUAAAAUCCAAACGAAAAACAUGAAAAAAGCUGAAAAAGGAAACAAAGACAACCAUUACUUGACGUCAAUAGAAAAUUUAGAAAAAGAGAUAAAUACAAAUGACAUUAGAAAGAAACAAAGGAAAUUUAAUAAACGUAAAGACCGAAGUUUUUUGAAAAGAUCCGGGAAACGAUAUAUUACAAUGAAAGGAAAGGUAGUAGACGCUAGAUCUCUAAAAGAAAAUCCAUGUAAGCCUAAUGGUAAAUGUCCUAAUGAAUGUUAUACUAUAUCAGAAGAGAGAAGAAAAACUAUUUUUGAUCACUAUUGGAGUUUGAGUGUUGAAAGACAACGUGAUUGGAUAGUAAGCCAUAUUAAGAAAGAAACAGUAAAGCGAAAGCGCACCAAAGAUAUAGAAAGCCGAAGGCAAUUUACAUACAGAUAUUGCAUUAACGAUGGAGAGGGCCAAAGACCCGUGUGCAUGAAUUUCUUCAUGAAUACAUUAGAUGUUCGACAAAGGAAUGUUCAUCUACUAGUUAGUAACUCGGAAUAUGGAAGCUCUAAAAGUGACAAAAGAGGCAGAGGAGUACCAGCAAAUAAAACUCCUCCGUCAUUGAUAAACUACGUAAGGGAAUAUCUUCAAGAGUUACCAGCUGUUCCUUCUCAUUACUGUAGGAAGAAUUCAAAUAGAGUUUAUUUGCCACAAGAGUACAAAAAUUUAACAAAUUUAUACAAACUUUAUAAGUUACAGAAUAUAGAUGCAGGGAAAGAAUAUGUUGGUGAAAAGGUAUUUAGGAAUAUAUUUAACACAGAAUUCAAUAUUUCAUUUCAUGUUCCCCGGAAGGACAAAUGUGUAAAGUGUAUUAAGUAUGAAAACAGCUCGGAAGAAUUUAAAGAAGAAAAAACUAAUCACUUACAAGACAAGGAAGAAACGUAUUCGAGAUUCCAGGUUCAUCAAGAUCUUCAUAAUCAUGAUAGUAGUGUCUUAUGUUCAACAUUCGAUUUACAAAAAGUGCUUAACACUCCAUAUGGUGAAAGCAUGUUGCUCUAUUAUAGCAGGAAGAUUGCAACAUAUAACUUAACAUUCUACGAAUCCGUAACCAGAGAAGGGUUCUGCUUUCUAUGGAAUGAGGUAGAGGGCAAACGAGGAGCAAAUGAAAUUUGCACCAUUUUAGCAAAAUACAUCAAAAUCGUAGAUGAAAGAAAAACUAUAAAACAUUUACUACUAUAUUGUGAUGCUUGCCCAGGGCAAAACAAAAACAAAAUUAUUUUGGCCUGCAUUUCCAAAAUUCUCAAUCUAUGUAAAAAUAUUAUGACAAUACAGAUUAACUAUCUUCUACCUGGGCACACCUUCAUGCCGGUAGACUCAAUGCAUUCGGUCAUUGAAAAAAGUGUUACAAAUACCAUCAUAUGGGCACCAUCCCAAUGGCCGACUGUCUGUUCCCUAGCACGAAAAGCUCCAAAACCCUACGAAGUUGAAGUUUUAUGUUACAAAGAUUUCGAAGGAUGGGACACAGUAUCCGAAAAAUACUUCAAAGGCAACCUUACGGGUAAAAUAAGUAAGAUUCGGAUUGCUACCUUUAAAAAAAAUAAUCUCACUCGCAUGGAGGUCAAAUACUCUAUGUGUGAUAAAGCAAAAUCAGAGUAUAUCGAUAUUAUUGGAAAAAUCGACCUCAUGCCCAAAAAAAUUUAUAAAACCAGACUCCCUAUUUCCAAAAAGAAAUAUAAUGAUUUGGAAAAAUUAUGUAAGAAUAGAACUAUUCCUGCAAUGUAUAUUCCAGAAUACGAAUCAUUACCGCAAGCUGCCAAUAUACAAGACUGUCUACCUGAUACAGACGUAGAAGAUACUGUGGAAGACUAAAUUAAAAUUUUAGAGUUAUUUAAAUAAUUAUCAUUGAUUUGUUUAUUAAUUAUUGAUAUCUUGAGGCUAGCAUUUUCAUUAAAUUUUCUGUUGUAAUUGUAUUCAAUAAUGAAUAUUUGUUGAAAUAAGAUAUCAUUCGAUGGUUCAUUAAUGUGUAAGAAAAUAAUUUAUCAGUAAUUGUUAUGAAAGAAAGUUAUAUUAUUUUUUGUUAACUUAAUUAUGCAAAGAUUGUGAUUAUUUUUAGUUCAUAAAAUUCCUAAAAAAAUCUGAAUAAAGAUUAUUUAAUGCGACAAUGUAACUGAUACCAAAUUAUCUGAUUUUCGAUCUGUUUUGUUCCAAUAUUUUUGUAACU